UCCCUGGAGGACCAGACCCAGGACCUGGAGCUGGUGGAGACCAGGCCUGCGGGGGACGGCACCUUCCAGAAGUGGGCAGCCGUGGGGGUGCCCACUGGAGAGGAGCAGAGAUACACGUGCCAUGUGCAGCACGAGGGGCUGCCCGCGCCCCUGACCCUGAGAUGGGAGCCGCCUUCUCACACCUUCUUCAUCAUCAUCAUGGGCAUCGCGGGGGUCCUGGUACUCCUGGGAGCUGUGGCUACAGCUGUGAUGUGGGGGAGGAGGAGGCACUCAGCGUGAGGCAGCUGCCUUGUGGGGACCGAGUGAUGGAGGAUGUAUUCAUGCUUCCACUUCCUGACUCAAGAACCUCUGAUUGGGUGGCUGGCCGAGCCCUGCUCCCCAUGCUUUCCUGUCAGCAGAGGUGGGGCUGGGCCCUCCCCAUCCCUGCCUUUACUGCCUGGGGCUGUGAGCUGCAACUUCCUGCUCCGUCUUGAAAUGAGACUGUGGAUUGAC